AUGGCAGCGUCGUCGCGGCCGCGGCGUUGCAGUAAAAGAUCAAGAACAAUUAAGCAGGAGAAGACGGAGCGAAUCCAUGAAGAAGAAGAAGAAAACGAAGAAGAAGAAGAAGAAGAAGGCGAUGAUGACGGUGAUCAUGAUCAAGUCAAAAAUUCCAAAGAGAAACAGAGAAAGAGAAGAAGUAGCAAGCGGAAAAGACGACUGUCCAACUUUGUACGGCAGACGGCGCCUCCGGCCAAUCCGGCCUCGUACCCAGAACUUCCGGUAGAAUUCAGGAGAGAAAUCGAAGCGAUGGGUGGAACGGACAUAACAUUGAUAAUGCAAAAAGAAGUUACGAAGACUGAUCUGAAACCUUAUCACAACAGGUUGUUAAUGCCAUUCACGAAGAUAAUAGGAGAUUUCUUGAAACCAGAAGAGAAAGCCACGCUUAGGGCACAAAAUGUCAUAGAGCACGUUCCAUUAAUGAUGAAACGUGCUUCUCCUGUGGCCAGAAUGGAGUUGAUGAACAUAAAUAUGAGGCAAUGGGAUAUGCAUAAGAAUUCUGGCAAGAUGAGCUCAUCUAAUUAUGUCCUCAGAACUUCAUGGAAAGAAGUGGUGACAAAUAAUAAACUUGAAGAAGAUGAUGUGGUUCAGAUUUGGUCUUUUAGGGUUCAAGAUAGGCUUCACUUGGCCCUUGUUGUGGUUGCUAGGGCUAAUUAUCAACUGCCAUUAAUGGCUGAUACUAAUAGUACUAGUGGAAACAAUGGAAGUAGUGGAAGCAGUGGAAACGACGGAAGUGGCAGUGGAAGCAGUGCAAAUACCCAGAUUGUUGAGGCAACUCCUGCUUAA